AUGUCGAUAAUCAUCACGGGAGCCAGCGGUUACGUCGGACAAGAGCUAGCAGCGGCUCUUCUGUCCAGCUCGCCCGAUAUUACAGUGACGCUCACAGACGUGAUCGAGCCCGAAGUGCCCGCCUCAGCAGCAGCCCACGCAUCGCGCGUGAAGCGCAUCCAAGCGGACCUGACGAACCCCAGCGUGAUCGAAGAGCUCUUCGCACCAACCCAGCGCUUCGACACGGUCUACCUUCUCCACGGCAUCAUGUCCAGCGGUUCCGAAGCGAACUUCGAGCUGGGCAUCCGCGUCAACCUCGACGCCACCCGGUCCAUCCUCGACCGUCUCCGAACCACCGCCCCAGGCACCAAAGUCGUCUUCACAUCCAGCCUGGCCGUGUACGGCCUCGCGCCUCCAGGCCUCCUCAUCGACGAGGGCAACUUCCCGCCCGUCCCGUCCUCCUCGUACGGCUCGCAGAAACUCAUCGUCGAGACCCUCCUCAACGACUACUCCCGCCGCGGCUUCCUCGACGCCCGCUGCGUCCGUCUCCCCACCGUGACCGUCCGCGCGGGCAAACCCACCCAAGCGGCGAGCAGUUUCGCCAGCGACAUCAUCCGCGAGCCGUUCCACGGGAAGAGCGCCGUGUUGCCCGUCAGCCGGACGACCGAGUUAUGGAUCUGUUCGCCGUACACGGUGGUCAGGAAUCUGCUGCGGGCGCGCGAGAUCCCGGCUGAGGCGUUUGGUGGGGAAUCGCGGUCGGUCAAUUUGCCUGGGUUAAAGGUCAGCGUGCAGGAGAUGUUAGAUGCCCUGGAGAAGAUCGGGGGGAAGGAGAGACGGGCGCUGGUGAGGGAGGAAUUUGAUGCGGAUGUCGAUCGUAUCGUGCAGACGUGGACGCCGCAUUUUAAUACGGCACGCGCGUUGAGGUUGGGGUUUUCGGAGGAUGUGUCGAUGGAGGAGAAUAUUCGGCAGUUUGCGAGGGGUUUUGAGUAG